UAAGUUUCCAUAAUCACAUUCUAAUAACUUGUUCGUCUUAAAUUGACUCAAAUUCUGGCGGCAAAGAAACAGUAACAAAAAGUCACUCUGAUGAAUAACCUUAAAUCUCACUUACCUAGUUCUCUUCCUACAAACACUAAAGCAUGUAACAAGAUUAUCAACCUCCUCUCAUCCGCAGGAUCACAUUUAGAUGUCCUUAAAACAUACUCAUCCAUGCUCACAAACAAAAUCUCUCCCGAUUCCUACACAUUCCCUAGUUUGCUCAAAGCUUGCACUUAUCUCGGCUUAUUUUCUCGUGGACUUUCAGUUCACCAGCACGCACUCGUUACUGGGUCUUCAGAUUCCUACGUCUCCUCUUCUCUUGUUAACUUUUAUUCAAAAUUUGGUGAUACUUAUAACGCUCGUCAUGUUUUCGAUGCAAUGACUGAAAGAAAUGUCGUUUCUUGGUCUGCUAUUAUCGGAUGUUAUUCGCGUGCAGGAGAUAUUGAUAUGGCCUGUUAUCUGUAUAAUGAGAUGAAGAAAGAGGGGAUUCAACCUAAUUCGGUUACCAUGUUGGGUUUGCUCACGGGAGUGUCUGAACUUCGACUUCUGUAUUGUGUUCAUUCUUGUGUCAUUCAAUCAGGGGUUGAUUGUGAUGUUGCUGUGGUGACUUCUCUGUUGAACUUGUAUGGUAAAUUUGGGAGAACCAAGAUUGCUCAAAAAUUGUUCGACUUGAUGAGUCAUAAAGACAUUGUUUCAUGGUAUACUUUGGUUUCUGUUUUUUCCCAAAACGGGAAUUUGAGGGGAUCAGUGGAGUUACUGAACAAAAUGAGGAUGGAAGGGAUAGAACCUAACCAACAGAUGUUUGGGUCUGUGUUAUCUGUGGUCGCAAAUGGUUAUAACCUGGAACUGGGUAAGUUAGUUCAUGGGCAAAUUAUAACAGCCGGAUUUGAUUUAGUUGUGAAUGUUGAAACCACUCUUAUAGUCAUGUACUUGAGAUGUGGAGUCAUAGGUGAUGCUUUUCGAUUGUUUGAUAGAAUCAGUGAUAAAGAUAUGAUUUUGUGGACAUCCAUGAUCUCUGGACUAGUUCAAAACGAUAAAGCAGAUGAAGCACUCAAUAUUUUCUAUCGAAUGUUAAAAUCAGGAGAGACGCCAUCUUCAACUACCAUAGCUUCUUCCCUUGCAGCUUGUGCACAAUUAUGCGACUUACAACAUGGUAGAUCUAUUCAUGGUUACAUUUUAAGGCAAAGAAUGCAUGCUGACAUAGCUGUCCAGAAUUCCCUUAUAAAUAUGUAUGCAAAGUGUGAUCAUCUAGAGCAAAGUUGUGUUAUUUUUGAAAGAACGUGUGAUAGGGAUGUGGUCUCGUGGAAUGCCAUUGUUUCAGGGUAUGCUCAGGAAGGCAAUGUAAAUAAGGCUUUCUCCCUUUUCAAUGAAAUGAGAAUGGCUGACCAGACACCUGAUGCCAUUACAGUUGCGUCUCUCCUUCAAGCUUGUGCUACCCUUGGAGCACUUCAACAAGGUAAAUGGAUCCAUAAUUUCUUGAUUAGAAAUGGAGUUGGGCCAUGCAUAUCCAUUGACACUGCAUUAAUCGAUAUGUACUCAAAAUGUGGAGUUAUAGCUACAGCACAUAGGUGUUUCGAUAUGAUGCCAGAACAAGAUAUGGUUUCGUGGAGCACAAUCAUCACAGCUUAUGGUAGUCACGGCAAGGGAGAAACAGCUUUGAAGAUGUAUUCAAAGUUUUUGGAUUCUGGCAUCGAGCCAAGUCAUGUUACAUUCCUGUCUGUUUUAUCCGCGUGCAGUCAUGCAGGACUUGUAACUGAAGGUUUAAAGAUUUUCAGGAGUAUGAAAGAAGAUUAUAAAGUUGAGCCAAAGCUUGAACAUCGGACAUGCAUUGUUGAUCUCCUUAGCCGAGCUGGCCGGUUACAAGAGGCCUAUAGUUUUCUGACAACAAUGUUUCCAAAGCCAACCAUCCAUGUACUAAGUAUACUACUUAAUGCUUGUCGGACUUAUGGAAAUACAAAUCUGGGGAAUGUUGUUGCUAGAGAAAUAAAGUCUCUCAAACCUGAGAAUGCUGAAAAUUAUGUGCAACUCGCACAUUGCUAUGCUUCCAUGAGCAGAUGGGAUGGGGUCAGGGACGCUUGGAUACAAAUGAGAACCCUAGGACUAAAGAAGAUGCCAGGUUGGAGUUCUAUUGAAUUACACGGAACCAGAACAACAUUCUUUGUAGAUCACAGUUCACAUGCUCAGUAUGAGGAAAUCACAUUGAUGUUAAAAACCGUGGGCACGGAAAUGCAACUCAAAGACGAAAAUUUCCAAAAUUAUAUCUGAUACUUAAGUCUCAACAACCAAGGUGGAAUUGCAUUAG